AUGGGCCAAGAAGCAUUUGAGGGGUUGAGUCCUUUCGAGAUUAAGCUGAAGAUGAUUAUUUUGGUUCAAUCUGCUACUACCCUAAUUUUGAAGGGUACAAAAGAAUCGAAGAGGGAUUUGGAGUUUAUGAAGAAUCAGUAUGAUCAAGAGUUGAAGAAAAAGGGUAAAGAGUUUGCAUUGAAGUUGAAGGAGUUGACAACUAAGGAUGCUACUAGGAAGGAAGAACUGGAAAGGGCGAUGGAGGAGAGAGAUGAAUUGAAGAAACAGAUGAACGAUAUUGAGAAUAAAACAAAUAAAUCUACAAAUAUGUUUGUUUUGGAGGCCAGAUUGAAGAUGGUGGAGGAUGUUCAAGAUAAUAAGAUCGAUUCUUGGGCCAAACAAGACCAAGUGGGAGUAGCCAUUAAAAAACUUGAGAGGUAA